AUGGUUCGUCUCACCAUAGCCCUCGCGGUGGGUCUUUUGGCGGGCAUCGCAAAUUCUUUCAACUAUGACCAGCCCUACCGUGGACAAUACCAUUUCUCGCCCCAGGAACAUUGGAUGAACGACCCCAAUGGUCUCUUAUAUCAUGAUGGGACCUACCAUUUGUUCUUCCAGUACAACCCCGGCGGUAUUCAGUGGGGUAACAUGUCCUGGGGCCAUGCCACCAGCAAGGAUCUCACCCACUGGGAGGAGCAGCCCAUUGCCCUCCUUGCUCGGGGAUAUGGUGGCAAUGUCACCGAGAUGUACUUCAGCGGAAGUGCGGUCGUUGAUGUGGACAACACCAGUGGAUUUGGGAAGGACGGCAAGACCCCUAUGGUCGCCAUGUACACCUCCUACUACCCUGUUGCGCAGACCCUGCCGAGUGGAAAGCUCAUUCAGGAGAAUCAGCAGGCUCAGUCCAUUGCCUACAGUCUUGAUAAUGGUAUGACCUGGACUACGUACGAUGUAGCCAACCCAGUCAUCUAUCAACCUCCCGCCCCAUACCAAGAUCAGUACCAAAACUUCCGAGAUCCCUUCGUGUUCUGGCAUGAGGAGUCCCAAAAAUGGGUCGUUGUGACUUCUCUGGCCGCAUUGCACAAGCUCGCAAUUUAUACUUCCGACAACCUCAAGGACUGGGAGUUGGCGAGUGAAUUCGGUCCUUACAACGCGCAAGCCGGCGUUUGGGAGUGCCCUGGCCUUUUCCAGCUGCCCCUUGAUGGAGGAAAGUCCACUAAAUGGGUCAUCACGAGCGGACUAAACCCCGGCGGUCCCCCGGGUACAGUCGGUUCUGGAACCCAGUACUUCGUGGGCGAGUUUGACGGGAUCACUUUCACACCCGACGACGACAGUGUGUACCCUGGAAACGCGACUGCCAACUGGAUGGACUGGGGCCCAGACUUCUAUGCCUCAGCUGGCUACAAUGGCCUCGCCGUUGACGCCUACGUCCAAAUUGGAUGGAUGAACAAUUGGCAGUAUGGACCGAACAUUCCCACCAACCCCUGGCGCAGCGCUAUGUCCAUUCCUCGACACCUGGCCCUCAAGACCAUCGGUACCAAGGCGAGUCUUAUUCAGCAGCCCCAGGAAGCUUGGUCUUCUAUUGUGAGGAAGCAUCCGGCCUACUCGCACACCUACAAGCAUGUCCCACAAGGCUUCGUUAACGUGGGCACUACCGGAGAGACGAUCAAGAUCGACUUGAGCUUCUCUGCUGCUUCGACGGCUUCGAAAUUUGCCAUCGCCCUUCGAGCCUCCGCAGACUACACCGAGCAGACGCUUGUCGGUUACGACUUCGUCAAUAAGCAGAUCUUCAUUGAUCGCACCAAGUCUGGAAACGUGUCAUUUGACACGACUUUCGCGAGCGUCUACCGCGGGCCCCUCGCACCGGGUGUCAAUGGCAAGGUCAAGCUGACCGUCUUUGUUGAUCGGUCUAGUGUGGAAGUCUUCGGUGGCCAGGGUGAGACUACCCUGACGGCUCAAAUUUUUCCAAGCAGCAAUGCGCUUCACGCCCGGCUGGUAUCAACUGGAGGAGCUACUGAAAGCGUUAAUCUCAAUGUCUAUAAUGUCACCUCGACUUGGAACUAG